UAACACAUGUUACUUUAUUGCUAUCAGUGUUUUAUCGUGGUAUAAAGUACCAGAUUUAAGGUUCUCAAUCACUGCUAAACUCACCAGCAAAAUGGCAGCUUUUCAAUUAUUGGGAGUUUUUUUCUUGUGCCUUGGCAUCGGCCUCAGUCAUCCAUUAGAUGACCUAGACAACAUUGGCGAUGACGAAUACAUUCCGAUGGAAAAUCCAGAUCUUCUUGGCGGGGAUAUGUCCGGAUUUGAAGACACGGACCGAAAUGCUGUUCCAACAGACACAAUGUUGUGGCCAGGUGGUGUUAUCCCUUACGUUACAGAUCCUGGACUAAAUGCUACAGUAUUUCCCUGGGUCUUACAAAAGGCUUUCGAUGCUUACGCAAAGAGUACCUGCAUUCGAUUUGUGCCGAGAACCAAUGAGAAAGACUAUGUUCGAAUUUUCUCAGGUCAAGGAUGCUACUCAAAUGUUGGAAAAACAGGCGGUGCUCAACCUCUAUCCUUGGGACUCUUCUGUGGAUGGGAAGCAGUAAUUGUUCACGAGCUCGGACAUGCCGUAGGGUUCUACCACGAACAGAACAGAUCUGACAGAGAUAAAUACAUCAGGAUCUUGUGGGAUAAUAUUAAACCAGGUGCAGCGGAUCAAUUCUUCUUGCUGAAACCUCACCAGAAUAGAUUGUUGACUCCCUUUGACUAUAAUUCCAUCAUGCUCUACGGAUCUUUGACUUUCUCCAAAGACCAUAAAGCUGGUCUGAGAACCAUGGAGGCUUUAGAUGGCUCCUUCUUGAAAGAUCCGUUUGCAAAGAAUCACAUGAGCGAAAGUGACAUCACAAGAAUCAAGAAAUUGUACAACUGCCCAUAAUUCAUUUUCUAAACUAAAUAAAGGAAAGAAUUAUUCUAGUA